UAUAAUCAGAUAAAUUUAAUCAGAAGAAUAUUACUCAAACAGAUUUAAAUUAUCAAUUACUAUAUUAUAUGUCUGAUCUGUGCAGGUCUGUCCUAGAGAUAACCAGAUGGGAGCAAAGAAUAACAAAACACACACUGUCUUUUCUUCAGUCAACUGCUUAUUCAUUCCACUGGUGACUGGAACAACAUAGAGCUAAUGUUUCUAUGACAUGAACGGGGAGGCAGGCAAAUGCAGGUAGAUUAGACCCGAGUGGCGGUGGUGGUGGUGGUAAGAAACCUCACCAUACUAAAGAACUUUGAGGAUUUCUGGAGACUGGAGCACCUUGGGAAAUUAUGCUAUUGCUGUGGUUUAUGGGGUUUUUCACAUUUGUUGUUGUUCAUGGCCAACACCAGCAUGCGUCUAACAUCAAAGUGAUAACCAGAUCACGGUGUUUUGGCAUUGUUCCACCCCACAUGAAGCUGGAGUGCACGGAUCCCAAACAUUUCAUGCGCGUCAUCUCUGCCGUGUACGGUCUCAGCAGUGACACAGCAUGCGGGGACCUGUGCUGUCCCCAAGUCAACGACUGCCAGGUCCCAGUAAAUAUGAGUCGUCCAGAGACCCAUAACCAAAUCUUUGGUCAGUGCUCUGGCCAACAAGAGUGCAUAGUGUUGGUAGAGCAAGCGUCUCUGUGGUCAGCUCCCUGUGGCAGGGGAAAGUACAGUAACUACUUACAAGUCAAAUAUGAGUGUGUGAAAGCUGAAAUAACAACCCAAUCCAAUUGCUAUGGAGAACCAUCUGGCACGAUGCAUCUUUAUUGUGAGAAGGGGACUUUUAUCAACAUCAAAGAUGCCGUCUAUGGCCGUAGCAAUCGCACACCCUGCGCAAGGCGUUGCUGUCCUGCCGAGACUGACUGUGUAGAGAAGCUUCUGGAAAAGACCCCUCCUCUUUAUACGGCCAUCUUGGGUCAAUGUCUGGGCAGGGCAGAGUGCACCAUUCCAGUGGACAAGAUUUCUGGGAUGUGUGGAAAUCAGUUUCAUGUCAGCACCUAUGUAAAUGUGACUUAUGAGUGUGUACCAGUUAGCAUUGUCAAUGAAGUAUGCAUGGAGGGGAACAAUGCCAUUGAUGUGGGCUACAUCCAAAGUGAGGGCUACCCUGCAGAGGUGCCAGGAAACAACCUACGUUCCUGUGAGUGCCGACUCGCCACAGCCAAGAACAGUUCAAUCACCAUACGUGCUGUUGACAUCAAUAUGUACAGUGGACCAGGCUGCAGAGAGCAUCAAGAGUUAGCCAUGUUUACGAAAACUGACCAAGCAGCCUACAGCUGUCAACACAUCACAGAUACCAUACUGUACAAUGGGCCAGCAAAUGAACUGAAUAUGAAAUUUGUGAACACCUUGUUUAGCAAUGAAGGGAAAUUUUGGCUAGAAUACAGUGCAUCCUGGGGGACUGUGACAGUCAACUGCACCUCUGCAAUCUCCAUUACCACCACAACCACCCUCACCCCACCAGUGACACAGCCUAUGGUGAAAGUUGACCCUGGCUCCAGCAUCAGAUCUAUCCUUAUAGUACCGGAUCCCAACACAAAAGGUGGCGACACUGGUGACCAAAGCCAGGAAGAACCCUGGAGGUACCAAUCUCGCUGUUUUGGAAAGAGUCCACCGCACAUGGAACUCACAUGUUCAGAACCAAAAACUUUUAUUAAGAUUCAAGCUGCAGUGUAUGGACUGAACACAAAUGACCGAUGCAAUGACAUCUGUUGCCCCAGCAAUAAUGACUGCCAAGUCCAUGUGAAUGCUAGCCGUCCCGAGUCCUAUAAACAGAUAGUUGACCAGUGUUCUGGUCAGACGCACUGUAUUGUAUUGGUAGAGCAAGGGGAACUAUGGACUGCAGAGUGUGGCAGAGGGAAAUACAGCAAUUAUCUUAUGGUUGCUUACCAAUGUGUCAAAGCCAAGGUCACAACCAUCUCUAAGUGCUAUGGUGAGUAUCCUCCAGAGAUGAACCUGUUCUGCGACAUUGGUACCUACAUCCAUAUUAGAGAUGCCAUAUUUGGAAGAAGCGACUACAAACCGUGCCCUCGCCGCUGUUGUCCUCGAGAGGAUGACUGUGCAGAGAAAGUGCGCACCAGAAAUCCUGGCCUGUAUACUGCCAUACUGGGUCAGUGUUUGGGUAGAACACAGUGUAGUAUACCUGUGGAACGGCUGCACGGGACCUGUGGAAGCGAGUUCUACAACAGUAACUACAUGAACAUCACCUACCAGUGUGUCCCAGUGAGUAUUGUUAACGACUUCUGCACCAAAGAAGACAACAUGCUAGAUCAAGGCUACAUCAUGAGUGAGAAGUACCCUACAAAGAUCCCAGGGAAUAACCUCCGCCAAUGUAAAUGUGUUCUCACUGCCCCACCUGCUGCCACCAUAGCUGUCCGCGCCAUUGACUUUAGUCCUUACAAUGGCACGCGGUGUCAAGACCUGCAAACGCUGACAUUUGAAGAGCAAAGAAAGCCCUCUAGCAGCUUCUCAUGUGAACACAGAGUAGAUUUCUGGAUGUACAACUCUACACGCAAUCAAGUCAAUGUGACUUUCCUGAACACUUUACUUGGAAAUGUCGGUCAAUUCUGGUUAGAGUACACAGCCUCUUCUGGAAAUGUCACACUGAACUGCACUGAACCAGUGGGAGUCACCACCCCAAAACCUGGAGCAACAACCAUACCUACUACACAAAAGGUCACACAGCCCUACAGAUAUAGAAAUCCAGAUGAAAACAAUACCCCACGCCCAACAGACACAGCUUCUGACACCAGCCGUAGACGACAAUAUGGAGGGGGCGAUACUACAGGACAAGAUGACUUUUUGACUUCCUACAAGGUUCUGGCAACCAACCCAAAUUACCAGCUUCAGGGAAGAUGCUUUGGAAAAAUUCCUCCACACAUGGAACUGAGCUGCCCAGAGCCAAAGACUUUCAUCAGGAUUAUCAGUGCAUUUUAUGGGAGAAGUUACGGGAGCAGCUGUGGUGAUAUCUGUUGUCCAAAAGAAUCGGACUGUCAAGUUCAUGUGGAAAAGAGCCGACCAGAAUCCUAUGAGCAGUUGGUUGAGCAGUGCUCAGGUCAGAGUCACUGUGUUGUGUUGGUUGAGCAGGGACCAAUGUGGGGAGUCAAGUGUGCAUUUGGUGGAGGCUACAGCAAUUAUAUGCAUGUGGUCUAUGAAUGUGUCAAAGUUUUAAAGACAACUGUGUCCAUGUGCCAUGGUGUGCUGCCAGGCCACAUCACCCUUUUCUGUGACGUCGGCACUCACAUAAGGAUCCACGACGCCAUCUAUGGUCGUGCCCCUGAUCUCUCCUGCCCCCAGAGGUGCUGCCCCAGGGAUACAGACUGCACUGUCCCCCUGGCUGUCAGGACCCCAGGGGUGUACAGAAACAUGGUUGGGGAUUGUCUCGGGAACAGGGAGUGUAAUGUGCCUGUGAACAGGGUCCAGGGCAUGUGCGGAAGUCAAUUUUUGUCCAGCAACUAUGUCAACAUCACCUAUGAAUGUAUACCAGUGAGUAUUACAAAUACUAUGUGUGAGGAGGGAGACCGUAUAUUAGACGAUGGCCACAUUCUCAGUGAAAACUACCCACGGUCUGUACUAGGCAACGACUUUCGCAAAUGCACAUGUGCAAUUACCGCAGAGCCCAACAAUGGCGUCAGCAUAUCGGCUAUUGAGCUCCACAUGUACGACGAGUUAGGGUGUGAGCAUCAGCAGCAACUCAUAGUAAACAGCCACAGCAGGUCCACCAGUGUUCAUUCUUGUGACAAAAGAAGUAAUGUCAUGAUGUAUGAAGUUGCUGGUGGACAGGUCAACAUCACUUUUGUCAAUACUGUUCAGAAGGAUGCAGGGAGAUUCUGGCUUCAUUAUAAAGCCAGGAAUGGUCCUGUGACAGUGAACUGUACUUCAAGCAUCCCAGUAACAACAACUACAACUUCAGCCACAACACCAACUACAACUACAAUUCCAACUACCACUACUACUACUACUACAACUCCUGCCACCACAACAACUACAACUCGUACUACAACAGUCAAACUUACUACAACUCCUCCUCCUACUACCACUACUACUACUACUACUACAACUUCUACCACAACCAGAAGAAGUACCACAAUGCGCACCACUACCACCACUUCAUCCACAACACUAACUACACCUAGCACCACCACCACAUUUAGAACUUUUGAUGCUUCUUCUACAUCCUAUCCUGUCUCUCCUUCCCAAAGAUCAAACGUGUACAAAUCUGACGACAUGCUAACACCAAGAACAACAACAGAUGUGCAACCAACAAACACAGUAGAAAUUGGCAUCAUACUAAAUGAAAUAAAUGAAGCGGUUUCCAUCAACAUAUCAGAACACUCUACAACAACUCAAGCUACAUUCAUUGAAGAUCCUAAUAUUAAUAUGGGUAUUGUAUUAGGUGGUCUGGCAGUCUUGGUGUUGAUUGUGGGGAUCAUAGUGGCAAUUUGCCUUAAAGCAAAAAACCACAGAGAGCAGAGAGAUCGCCACCGCAGUCUCCGUGCCUCAGCUCAGAGAGGCCAGCGCGACAGCGUUUCAAGUACCUACAGCAACAGUAACAAAGUCAACUACUCCAACCCAAUUCAACACCAUGGCAGUAAUACCAUGCCACUGCCUGGAAAAUCACACCAUCUACAGGAAAAACCUAUGGGCAGAUACAAGUACAACCAGGGAAGGAAUGGAGGGCCCCCUAGCAGAACACAAAGCAGUAAUUCAAUGAACAGGCCAAGAUCUAUUAACAGCAGUCAAAACAUCAGGGGAUAUAAAAACCCUGCCUUUAGAUAGUGAUAAGGAUGUUUCCUGCUUCAUUCAGAACAUUACGCCUGAAAAAUUAUGAGGACUUGCUUAUCAAUGAGAAAAAAAAAAAUUUUUGUACUUAGAAGGUUGUACAGUGUGUGUUAUGUUUUCUUAAUAUGGUGUUAUGCCUUUUUGACAAAGGUAAAAAAGUAUUCUAUUCAAUAAAUGCAUUUUAA